AUGGUCGAGGAGAGCAAGAAUGUUGUCGUCCUGGGCGGUUCCUACGGGGGCGUAUCCGUCGUGCACUACCUUCUCAAACAUGUCGUCCCUCAGCUGCCCGACAAAGCGAGCUAUCAGGUCGUCCUCGUCAGCACCUCGUCGCAGGCCAUUUGUCGCCAGGCAACUCCUCGCGCGCUGAUCUCAGAUGACAUGUUCCCCCAGGAGAAGCUCUUCGUCAGUGUACCGAAGCAAUUCGAACAGUACCCGAACGGUUUCCAGUUCAUUCAAGGUACCGCGACGGGACUCGACCACCAGGAUCGCCAUGUCACUGUGACCCUCAAGGGGGACACAACCGAGAAGAUCAAAUACCACGCGCUAGUCAUCGCCACAGGCGCAUCCACUGCGUCGCCUCUACUAGGACUGAACCGCGACUCCGAGUCCCUGCGCGCUAACUGGAAUGCCUUCCGCACUGCUCUCCCCGACGCCAAAAACAUUGUCAUAGCGGGUGGAGGCCCGGCCGGUGUAGAGACAGCCGGUGAGCUAGGCGAAUAUCUCAACGGCCGCGCCGGCUGGUUCAGCCAUGGAUUGCAGAAUCCCAAGGUCCCCAUUACCCUAGUGACGUCGGACACGAAGAUCCUCCCCCUCUUGCGACCUGCAAUCGCGAAGAAGGCGGAGGAACUCCUCGCCCAGGUUGGCGUGAAGGUGGUCAAGGGCUCGCGCGUUGCAACUGUAUCACCACCUGGUGCAGGAACUGAGAGUGCUCUGACGGCCAAUGUGACAGUGACCCUAGAAGACGGCCAGACCCUCGAAGCUGAUCUUUACAUCCCGGCCACCGGCGCAGUGCCCAAUACCAGCUUCAUACACGAGUCCUUAUUGACCGCUACGGGCCAGGUCGAGACCAACUCGUCUUUGCGUGUGGACGCUGCUGGUCCACGGGUCUACGCGAUUGGAGAUGUGGGAUCGCAUGCGCGUCCCGCAGUGCACAAUAUUUUGAAUACGGUGCCUAUUCUGUGUGCGAAUAUCAAGCGGGAUUUGCUUCUUGCUGCUGGGAAGGAGGAAAGUGCCCUCCCCGCUGAUCGUCUGUAUAAGGAGGAUACUCGUGAGAUGCAGCUCGUGCCAAUUGGAAAGAGUAAGGGCGUGGGCGCCGCCAUGGGUUACCAGUUGCCCAGUUGGAUGGUGUGGGCGAUCAAGGGCCGGGACUACUGGCUAUGGACUACUGGGGGGCUGUGGAGUGGCAAGCAGUGGGCUAAGGAGUCGUGA